GCUCCUGCAAGCCCUGCUGAAUUGGCCUCACACAUUUAUGCCAGACAGCCAGAGACAGACCGACACAAAACACACUAUGUAAUGAACUCUCAUUGACCACGCCGUCCCUCACAUAUAAAAGUGUCAAUUGUACACUUGUACGCACACAAAAACACCCCCAGACAGCCUGCGAUCCCUCCCGUCUGUCCGUCAUAUCAUUGCUCUUUCUUCCCCUCUUCUCUAAUUGACCCAUCCCCCUCCUGCUGCUCUGCUGCCGAACAGCUGCUCUUGUGCGUCUUGCCUCUCUUCUCCUUAUAAGAGGCAUAGCUGUACCAGAAGCUCCCAGCCAGACACACGAGUGUGCCCAGCCAUCCCUUGGCAGUGAGUGUCUCGGAGAAGACAGCCACGCCCCCGAUCGUCUGCACGCACGACUUGACGUAGCCGAUGACGACACACGUGACGGGGCUGACCACCCGCAGGCACAGGAAGGUCGUGAACGAGAUGCCCACACCCAUCAGCCCCGACACCAUCACCAACACACACAGCACCCACUGCCGCGGCACCCCGGCAUCACCGCUGAAGACCUGGUCGACCAGCUGGUCGUACUCGCCGCUGAGCCAUAUGAGUGGCGGGAAGAGCACGAGAGCAUACGAGUUGACAUAAGCCAUCAGCUGGCACUCGGCCCCGUUCUGGUGGGCGAAGCUCACUUGGCCGCCAACAUGCUUCACACCCACCAUGUAGAAGGCGCCGAACAGUGAACCAAGGCUGCCCGUCAAUGCGCCGAAUACGCUGAGGGUGUCAGGGUCAAACGUGGCGAUGAGCAGGCCGAGCAGCGCCACAAGGCACGCCGAGAGGGCCUCCAUGGACAGGGGGUCAGACUUGAGGAGCAAUGAGGACAGCAGCAGGUUGAAUAGGAUGGAGGUGCUGCGGGCCACUUGGUAUACCGCCACUUGCACAUACCGCUGCACAUACGAGAGAACACGCACAUGAGAACCGGCAGUGUGAAGGUCUUUUUGCUCUUGUGCACACACCAGGCAGAUGUUGUUGAAGGCGAGCAUGCCCACAAAGAGCACGGCAAGGGGCAGCACCCGUCUCCCGUCCUCCCACCGCCACUCAAUCGGGCGGAAGAAACCCUUGACUGACACAGGGCAUGACGUGUGGCAGGUCCAGCUGCCGAGCACCACCGACAGCAUCAGGCCAAUCACCUGCUGCACCCACGAGAGGAACAGCGGCAGCGGCACCAUCUCGGUGAAGAGCAGCCGGUUGAGCCACACGAGGCCGAUGGAGCAGGCGCAGUAACUGCUGACUGCGAAGGCCGUGCUGAAGGGCGGGGAGGGAGGGGUGUCAUUGCUGGUCCUUGUGUGUGUGUCAUCCUCUGCAGAGCAAGGCGUCUUUCCGUCGGGAGCGGGGGAUGACGGUGUGGACUGCGUGUCGGAGGGACAGGUCGAAGACGCUGUUUCGGCCAUGCUGAGCUGGAACAGCCCCUCCCAACAGCUUCUCUCUGCUGAUUGAUCGACCUUUUCUUGCGAGCUCAGAAAUCGUGCGAGGUGAGGACAGCAGGGAACGAAUUCAUUGCAAAUGUGGCGAAGUGUGGCGGAAGGGAUGCUGUUUGGUGCCCAGGUUCGCUCACUUGGACGAGCACAAGUCCCGUUCGCCUUGCCGUUCGCCACGCGCACACACAUAGAUGCACACAUGCUUAGUUGACGAAUUUCAAUUCACGAGGCAUGCGUCAGAGUGAGAACAGACGAUUCCGGAUAUAAAAUGUAGGCAGCGAUGCAAAGGCUGCAGACGAUUCUUGGCCAUCUCCCUCGCCAGCAGUACCUCGAGUGCCACGAACCCUGGCGUGCCCGUCUCGUACAGCGACGACAGGCUCCAGUCCAGCCUGCUGGGCCGAAGGAGAGCCAGGCCGAAGUCGGCUAUCUUGACUCCCGCCCUGCUGGGGCUAACUAGCAGGUUGGCCGGCUUGAUAUCCCGGUGCCACACCCCAACUUGUGCAGGUGCUGGUGGGGGGGGCGGGGUCUCGCGUGGGGGAUUGGGGUGGGCUUCCACGCCGUUGACUCGCUUGGCGAAGGUCUUGACCGCUCGGGUCUCCCCACUGGCCUUGUGGACGGCCUCGAAGAACUCAAUGUCAACCUACAUUCUGGUGUGUUGACACACACACACACACACACACACAAUACACACACAGAGAGAGAGAGAGAGAGAAUGAGCAUGAGCAUGAGCAUGAGCAGGAGUGCCGACGUGAAGGCAAGUUUUGCGUAUGCAUCCUUCCUUACCAAACACGGCUUGGGCUUGUUGCGAUGGAUGAAGGGCAUCUUGAGCAUGCAGGAGGCCAUCUGCAUACACAUACAGACAUUCAUGCAAGCGCCCAUUAAUCUAGGGAGGGACUGUGUGUGCCUCUCGCGCGUGUCCGUACCGCCCAGAUGUGUAUUCGGAGUACUGGCGUCGGACACAUACAUACACACACAACACGACAACACCAUGGAUACACAUACAUUGUUGAGUGCGUCUAUCUGCCCUUGCCUGUUUGGCGUCAUCGUCCCUUCAGUCACGAAAUGCUUGGGUACUAUGCACAGAUCCCCAGGGGAGCCACGCAGGUCGAACGGAGCUUGCUCAUCCUGAAGCUUGCCGUCGUCUCUUUCCGACGAAUCAGCCACAGCCCACUUCUUCUUGCCGUCAGGCACCUGGGCGACGCCCUCGAGGAAUGAUGGCGUGUCGCUAACAGACACAAACACAUACACACACACACACAAAACACAACACCAUGGAUACACAUACAUUGUUGAGUGCGUCUAUCUGCCCUUGCCUGUUCGGCGUCAUCGUCCCUUCACCGACGAAAUGCUUGGGUACGAUGCAGAGAUCGCCAGGCGAGCCACGCAGGUCG